UGGUCCUUGAUCGACUUGCAUGCGUGUGUGUGAGCGUAUGUAGGGGUGCGCGUGUGUGUAUGUGUGUAAGGCUGCGUGAAGAGCAAAUCGAGAUACAGUAGUAACCCAGAGUGAGGUGGCAGUCUUAUUCCACAUCGACCUGUCCAUGCACACAUCUUUAUCUGAGUCCAUAUCUGUUCGGAGUGGACGAGAAGCGGUUCGGCAUGGCUUCAGAACGUGGCUGUGGACAAUCUGGGAUCUGAUCUGAUCUGUUCUUUGUGUGGAGACUGGCUGCACAAGGCGUUCAUUUCUGAGUGUAUUUCUGCUCUGCUGGGACUUCGCUGGGGUUGAAUAGCAACAAAGGACGGGAGCGCGCAUUCAUGGGACGCGACUUUGACAGCUCUCCGUCUGUUCUCGUAUAACUUUAUCAGCAGUCAGCAAGGGGCCAGAUUGUGUCUGGAGCCGGAGAUAAUGGCCGAGGCUCCGCUCCCCGACACGCUCCCGGACUUGGACGUGGUCAUUGACCCGGACUUUGAGCCCCAGAAGCGGCCCCGGUCUUGCACCUGGCCGCUGCCGCGACCGGACUCCAGCGCGGUGAAACCGGAGAGCACCGAGGCGGAUAUCAUACCCGAGGAGGAGGAUGACGAGGAGGACAGCGCAACCCCCACGGCAAUCACUGUCAAUGGCUCCGCUGCGGCGACGGAGGACCAGAGCAGUAACAGCCCCAUUACCGACGGUGCGUUCCCCUCCCCCGGCCAUGACAGCGGAGGCUCCCCGCUCUCCACGCACUCACCGACGGCCACCUCCGGCGCCCUGACUCCGAGCGGCUUGCCUGCAGCGCAGACCCCGAGGAAGGCAUCAUCCCGCCGUAACGCCUGGGGCAACCUCUCCUACGCCGACCUGAUCACCAAAGCCAUCGAGAGCUCACCAGAGAAGAGACUGACUCUGUCCCAGAUCUAUGACUGGAUGGUGAGAUCCAUCCCCUACUUUAAGGACAAAGGCGACAGCAACAGCUCUGCAGGAUGGAAGAACUCCAUCCGGCACAACCUAUCUCUCCACAGUCGUUUCAUCCGUGUCCAGAAUGAAGGGACAGGAAAGAGUUCGUGGUGGAUGAUCAACCCAGAGGGAGGAAAAGGAGGCAAGGCUCCACGGCGCCGGGCCGUCUCCAUGGAUAACAGCAACAAGUACACCAAGUCUGCUCGUGGCCGUGCUGCUGCUAAGAAGAAGGCGGCCCUGCAGGCUGUGGCUGCUGCAGCUGGGGAAGGCGGUGGAGACAGUCCUACAGGUCCCUCUAAGUGGCCGGGAAGCCCGACGUCACGCAGCAGCGAGGAGCUGGAUGCUUGGACAGACUUCCGCUCCCGAACAAACUCUAAUGCCAGCACGCUCAGCGGCCGCCUCUCGCCAAUUUUAGCGAAUCCUGAGCUAGACGAGGUGGCUGACGAUGAGCCUCCUCUCUCACCGAUGAUCUACUCCAGUCCUGGCAGGGCGUUGUCUCCAGGAAACACCAAUGGGAAGGCUGUGCCCACUGAGCUGCCUCGUCUGGCAGAUCUGGCAAAUACAAUGAAUCUAAAUGAUGGAAUCACACAAGAUCUGAUGGAUGAUUUUCUGGAUAACAUCAAGCUUGUACCAACCACCUGCAGCCAAGCCAUGCAGAAUGGUUCCUCAGGGUUUAGUUUUGGGUCCAAACCCAACGGGAUAGGGUCACCUUCUUCCACUUCAUCUCCAUCCUCUAACAACUCCUCUAAUGGAGGAGGUAAUAGCUACAGUAACUCCAUCUUUAGCCCUUACACAGCAGGCUCCUCCCUACGUCCAUCUCCCAUGCAAACCAUCCAGGAGAAUAAGCAAACUUCAUUUUCCACAACUGGCAUGUCUCACUUUGGCAGCCAUACACUACAAGAUCUUCUUAACUCUGACAGCCACAAUCAUAGUGAUGUCAUGAUGACCCAGUCUGACCCCUUAAUGUCACAGGCCAGUGCUGUUGCCAUCAUUUCCCAGAACUCUCGUCGAAAUGUUAUGGUCCGUAAUGAUCCUGUUAUGACUUUUGGGACCACCGGUGGACUCCAGAGUAGCCAUAGGGAGACGCUCCAAACUAACAACCACAACCAGAGUACCGUGAGGUCUUUGAACGGAGAUCUGAACCUUGCCAACGAGGCAAACACUUUGGCUAAUGUCAAACAGCAACUUCUACUGUCACCAAUUGGUGGAAAUGGAACAUCCUCCAUGCAAAUUGACACCUCCAUCUUUCUAAAUGGUACAGCAAGCAGCAGCGGCGGGUGUCAGGACCGCUUCCCAACAGACUUGGACCUGGACAUGUUCAACAGUGGCAGCUUGGAUUGUGACAUGGAGUCCAUCAUUAGGAAUGAUCUGAUGGAUGCUGAUGGUCUGGAUUUUAAUUUUGAGUCACUGGCCAACAUGAAUGGAGUCAGCAACUUCACAAGCACCAAGCACAGCUGGGUGCCUGGUUGAGACAGAAGAAGAGAAGGUCUGACUUACAUGGUGCAAGAGGAGAUCAGACAGAACCUCCCCUUUUUGCCAAACCAGCCAUCAGCACAAUGUAAAAUACAAACCCUGUGUUUACAGAAGCAGACUUCCUCUCACGAGCUUUACCUUCGCUCCCACACUGGUGAAGCAUGAACCACCUGACUGACUUUAAAGAUGCUGCACAUCAGCCCACAAAUCCUCCUGUGAAAGAAAAAAGCAUUGUAAAAAAACACAAUCACAACAAGCUUACUAAAAAACAUGAAGUUAUGCAAUUUUUCUUUGAUGCCCAGUCAGCAGACACUGCUUUUCAGAAUUAUCUUCAGGUGGAAUUAAAGGACUAAAGGUUAGGUGAAGACAUAAGAGAUCAUGCUGCAGUUGUUCCCACUAAAGACAAAAAAAUAAAAGUCAAGACAGGACGUGGGAUGUUUUACGUUUUAAAAAAUCCAUCUAUUCUUAGUUAUUUUAUCUGUUCACUGUUUGUUUGUUUUUUUGGUGUUAUUCUGUUUUAUCAAAGAUGUUUCUGGAUCGAUCAUGUCUGUAUAAAAAAAACAUAGUUGGUGUGUUGGUGAAAUGAAGAGAAUUGGAGGGACUUGCUGAGUGGUUGUGCACACACUUUUUGAAGGCACUCACACAGACAAACUGACACUUUGCGAAGACCUCAGAAACCUUCGAAGUUGAAAUUCCUUAAAGUUUUUGCCAUGCACUUACUGUUUUUGCUUGAAUUUAAAUAACUUUAGCAUAAUAAUCAGCUAAAACUUGCAUCAUAUGUUUCAUCCUGUGUACACCAAAGUGUACAUAAAGAAGGAGAAAAGUUGUUGUAAAAGCUUCUGGGGAGCUCUGUUGGGCUAGUUUAUUGCACCCCAAGAUGUAGCCAAAAGUUGUGAACAUUUCCACACCACUAUAGGUGCUAUAUGAACAGUGUUGAGUCCUGUCCGGAAAGGAAAAUGCGCCUGUUGUUUUACCUGCUUUUUGAUUGGUUCUACUUUAUCCUCGACUGGCGGGAUCCCAGAGCUGCAGCCACAUGUAGCGCAGCCAGAACGAAAAUCACAGAAAGAUUUUUUUUUUUUUUUAGACUCAUUCCUCUAGAAACCACUUGGUUCUUGAGUAAAAAAGACAAUAAGCUAUUUCUGUAUAUUGCCAAAUUCACUUGAAACAAACAGUAGGGUAUGCUGGCAGCCAAAUCGCACGUGCACACACACACUCACACACAUAUAUAUUUUACAUAUACAGAAAAAUCUAUAAGCAGGGAUCUGUGUUAAAGCUCUUCUCAUCAAGCAGAUUGCAGGGCUGGUUAUGCAUACACACAAUCACUCAGGGGGGAAAGGGAGGCUUUCCAGUCACAUUGUAAUGGUAUUACUUUUAAAAUUUCUUGAUAAUAAAACCUAAUACUCUGUGCUUGUGAACUUGUAACCUGUGAACUUUUGGUCGUUGAGAUGAAGCGUAGAAGGGAGGAUAAAUGUCAGGAUUAUUAAGUCACGCAUGUCUUGUUAUUUUAUCCUUACUUUUUGUUUGUUCUUUGCAGUUUUUCCUCCUCCUGUUGAACUCAUAGACACACACACACACACACCUCCUUAUGGACACGCCUGGUGCUCCUGCAGGUGAUUUCUUGUAUCUCCCGACUUACGUGUCAAUUUCGUGUGUGCGUUUAUUUACCGUGUCGAUUUCAGUUGGAUUAUUCUCACAAGGAUGUGUAAUAUCUCGUGGUGCAUACAGCACUGUUGGACUGUAUGCAUGUACGUCUUUAUGCAUCAUGGGUUGUGUGACAAAUGCAUAUAAUACUCGCUGUUUUGUCCUUAUAUACUCAUUUUAGUACUUGAUCCUUGGGUUUUUGUGAUACCUCUGUAGUUGAAGAAACAUGGAACAACGUUACGCGCCGGAUAAGUGGGAACACUGUUACCAGCGAUUUAACUGUUGAACCUUUUUCUUUUUCUUUCUUUAAAUGGUCGGAAGCGCCAUUGUUGUAGCAUCUGGAAACCGUGAUACCCCUUUCCUGUUUCGGGGUAGUGACAUGAAGUGUAUUCCUUGCUGUGUAUAAUAGUGUACAGAUUUGUGUAUAUCAUUUUGAAGCAGACGUGUCGGUGUGCAUGGUUGGCUAAAAGAGCGGCUGUGCAAUCUGAGGUUUUAGUGCAUGGUUUAGCUUGACCCUUCCAGAUGUUCCGUCCCUUUAAGAAUCAUAAUCCGCCGUUGAAUCCUAUGUUUUUGCACCCAAACACACUUUCUGUGGCAUAAAAAUUAAGACUUACCUAGGAACCCUUGCAUCAUCUUAUCAUUUAAUAUGUUUAUAGCUAAGGUUGCUCUCUUAAAGUGUACACUCCCCUGUUAGACUGGCAAGUUUUUGUGAUGUAAAAAAUUACACCAUGAUAAAUCAUUUCUAAACCUUUUCCACAUAUAAUGUGAUAUUCAUUCAGAUUAGAAACUACAAUAACCCAGUGACAUAAACAAAUAUUUUUGCUAAAACUUGAUUCCGCAACAUUUAUCUAAUGUGUAUUGGAAAAUGUCUAUAAAAUCUCUCUGGUCUCCUGUCUUCAAUAGUAAUUUUUCAUUUGAAUUGCACAGGAAACAUGGAACAUUAUAUAUAUGGAAAUAAGUUACAUGAUUUUUAAAGGCCCAGUUUAUUUAUAUCACAAAACACUGAUGUAUCACACCACUUCUGACAGCCACUGUACAUGCAUAUACUCUUACAUGCAUGUCCAGGAUGAGCCUCCCUGGAUAUUUCUUAACAUCCUGCCUUGUGCUCACACUUAUCAGCUCUUUAGAGCUUUAAUGUACUAAAAGAUGGAAUACUUUUAGUACAUUAAAAGUAUUCCAUCUUUAAUGUAACACUACCAUUUGUCUUUGCAGGGAGAAAGUAGAUUGCCGGCUAAUGAUUCAAAAUUCAUCUGCACAGAUUGACACUGACAAGGUAGAUCUCGGGAACGCUCUAAUCCUUUCUUGUGUAAAGAUAGGUUAUUGAUCCCAGAUUAACUGCAACUCUCAAUCCAGAACAAGGUGUUCCUGAUAUUUUUUUUACAGUGGAGCUGUAAAAAAAAUAUCACACAGUUGUUUGAGUCAUUCAAGUGCAGUGUUCAGUUUGCAUAAUAAUGUCACAUCAUCUGCUGGAAUAAAACGAAUAUGGCACAAUAUUACCACUAGAUACCUUAACGACCUCUGGAACAUCAAACACGUCAUCAAAUAUAUUCAUCAUUGUCUCUUAGUAAGAAGCCCAGGACAGCUUCUUGUUUUCACACACACCUCUGAAUUUUGCCCUUUAUUAAUAUUGCUUCUUCUCAACUCAAUGUUAGUGGCUAUUUUACCUGUGUAUCCCCCUUUUUUUAAUUGUAAUCUAGUUUGUAUAAGAAAUGGUGCGCAUGUAAAUAAAGCUUGGUGAGGCUCCA